UCUCUCCUCUCGCGGGAGGCGACUGAAGGCAAUUCCACUAAAACCCGGUUGUGAGCUCUCGAUUGUGUUUGUGGUUGAUAGACCUACAUACUUUUCUGCAAUCCCGUUGAUGUUUGCUCUCGACCGUGUCUGUUCUCUGACCCGUGUGAAGCGUAUUUUCUACACAAACCCUAGUCUUCGAACAUUUUCCUCCGUUUCUUCCUCUCGAUCGUGUCUGUUCUCUCAGGUGUGUAAGGCGAUUCAAAGCCCCUAGUUCGUGGUUGCUAGAGGGAGGAUCUCACGUUUCGUCUCUUUUUGUCUGAUUUCUCAGCUUCAGCAAAAGCUUCUGACCCCCACGGUGUGUAAGGCGAUUCAAAGCCUCUUCCACCGAAACCCUAGCUCGUGGUCGCUAGAGGGAGGAUCUCAGGUUUCGUCUCUUUUUCUCAGCAAAAGCUUCUGAACCCCACGGAGUGCAAAGUCAACAUGUAUCAGAAAGGAUUGAUGGAGCAGGACUUGAGCAAGCUAAAUCCACUCUCACCUGAAGUUAUUUCUCAUCAGGCUACCAUAAAUAUUGUUACUACUGGUCACGUGGCACAUGGUAAAUCGACGCUGGUGAAAGCGAUAUCUGGCAUACAGACAGUUCGUUUUAAAAAUGAACUUGAGCGGAACACAACUACUAAUCUUGGAUAUCCGAAUGCUAAGAUUUAUAAAUGUGAAGAUGAACGGUGCCCUCGACCUAUGUGCUACAAGGCGUAUGGAAGUGAGAAGGAAGAUAGUCCCUUAUGUGAUGUGCCUGGAUUUGAAGAGUGUAGGAUGAAACUGCUGAGACAUGUGUCUUUUGUUGAUUGCCCGGGACAUGGCAUUCUCAAGUCUACUAUGCUCAAUGACGACACUGCAAUUAUGGAUGGCGCAUUACUUCUGAUAGCUGCCAAUGAGGAUUUCCCCCAACCUCAAACUGUCGAGCAUCUAGUUGGUGUUGAUAUUAUGAAACUCAAAGAUAUUAUCAUCGUCCAAAAUAAAGUCGAUCUGGUUCCGCAACAUGUAGCCAUCCGUCAGAAGGAGCAGAUUCUAAAAUUUGUCCAGGGCACUGUUGGUGAAGGUGCACCAGUGGUACCAAUUUCUGCUCUGCUGAAGCAUAAUAUUGAUGUCGUGUGCGAGUAUAUUGUUAAAAAGAUACCUGUUCCGCAAAGGAAUUUUGUUGCACCACCGCGUAUGAUCAUAAUCCGAUCCUUUGACGUCAACAAACCUGGUUACGAGAUUGAAGAAAUAAAAGGCGGUGUUGCUGGUGGAAGCAUCCUCAGGGGUGUUUUACAGGUGAACCAGUUGGUUGAAAUUCGACCAGGGGUUAUAGUAGGAGAUGAUAAUAAAAAUUUCAAAUGUACCCCCGUGUAUACUAGGAUUGUCUCUCUUUUUGCCGAAGAAAAUGAGUUGCAGUUUGCAGUGCCAGGGGGUUUCAUUGGCAUUGGCACUACAAUGGAUCCGGCAUUAACUCGUGCUGAUAGGCUGGUUGGUCAGGUUCUUGGGGCGGUCGGAUCCCUGCCUAAAGUUUACACUGAAUUGGAGGUUAAAAUCAGACAUGUCCUGUCCCGACUUCUGGGUGCGAAGCAGGGAAGGGUCUCAGAGCUCGUGAAGGGAGAGGUGUUGAUGGUGAACAUUGGGUCCAUCUCAACGGGAGCUCAUGUAAUCUCCAUAAAGAAUAAUGUGGCAAAGCUGCGACUUAUCAAACCAGCGUGUGCCGAACCAGAAGCGAAGGUUGCACUGAGCAGGAGGAUUGAGAAGCACUGGCGUCUCAUAGGCUGGGGUGAGGUUAUAGCUGGAACCACCCUAGACCUAGAUGGCCCACCAAUGCUUAUUUGAGUUACAACAGCAACAGAGUAGUUAGUGAACAUAAGAAAGUAGUAGUAGUAAAAGGAGAAUAUUGUUUGAGGGAAGAUGUGGGAGGGCAGACAACUGCUGGGAACAAUAUGUUUUUGUUUGGUGGAGAAGAAAACAUGGUUCUGGGAACAAUAUGUUUUUGUUUGGUGGAGAAGAAAACAUGGUUCAGAAUUUUUUCAUUAUCUUUUUAGUAGUGUCAUGUUUCUGGUGGUUAUCUCCCUGAGCAGGUGUUUGGAGGAACCUCCAUUUUGUCCCUAAAAUGCAGAAAAAUGUCUCAUUCAUUGGUCAUUCACCAGAAAUUUCUUUAGGCUUAGACAUAAGUGGGUUUAGUAUUUGCUUUGCUUAGACACAAGGGCAUACAGAUGAUUUUACAUGGUGACAAAGCUUUGACACAAUGUCCAAAUUAUAAUAGGGGCGUAAGCGUCACAUGAGCAAAACAUUGUGGGCAUCAUGCCAAAAUUUUAUUUAGAAGACAAUAAAUUAAAUGGA